AUGGACAAGGUCGCGAUCAACGAAAAGGAGAACGUUGGGAAACGUGCCAAAGUCGUUAGGCAUUGCGGAUUUUCAUCAUCCUCGUCUUCAUCUUCGUCAUCUUACAACAACAACAACAAACCCGCAAACAUUGAAUCCAUUCCCGUUGAACUCAUUCUACAAAUUCUAUCAUAUCUAUCCCAGAAAGAUCUUUCCAAUAUGGGUCGCGUGUCUAAGUACUUCGAAGGUAUCAUGCAAGAUCCCGUGGUUUGGCGCACGUACGAGGUGACGAACUGUAACGAGAACACGUCCAAAAUAAUUGGGAAGCUAAGAAACAUGCCGUUCCUAAAGGAAUUAACGAUCAAUCACAGAAAGGACAGCGACAAGAUUUUAAGACAGAUUUCGCUGACGAAUAAAAAUCUUGAGAAGCUUUAUGUCUACAAUUGUACAGGGUCGACUUCAAAGUUCUAUCUCCGUUCGCAUUAUCUGACACGCAUAUUAGAGAAAUGUCGACGACUGAAUACCAUCGAGAUUCUUGGUAGUCCUUUCCGCGGACGAAAAUUUUACAAAUUACUCGGUGACGUUGGCUUAAGAUGCUUAAAAUGCGCAUCUCUACCAACAAGGCAUUCGCAAUUUAUUACUUUCAUCCAAAAUGCUCAACAGAUUUACGACAAUCGGUUGAAUACUUACAUUAAUAUGUGCUUUCUUCCGUGGCAUAAACAUGCUCAAUUACACUACUCGAUUAACCGAAAAGCGGCUUUUCGAACAAUAAGGAUACGUUACUCUUCCAAAUAUGCAAUUUCGAUUGAUAUUACAGAGAAUGGGAAAAGGAAUGUGCAUCUUAUAUCUAUGAUCAAUAAAGCUACUGGUUGAGAAAUGUAUAGUUAAAUAUUAAAAAGAAAAAAAAAGAAGGAAAAGUAAAAUA